AUGGACGACAGGCUCAUUAUUGCUGUGGACUUUGGUACCACUUACUCUGGCAUUGCUUAUUGCUUUGCCGACCAACGGAACAGUUCUCCCAUUCCCAUUGACAACUGGCCCGGAGCCAACGGCAUCGAUGUGCCAAAGAUUCCCACUGUUAUUUGCUACGACAAAAAAAACCCUCAGAAGUUUGUCUGGGGAGGGAGUGUAGAGCCUCAUGCUGACAGCAUAUCUGGAUUCAAACUGUUGCUUGAUCCGUCGCAACCAAGGCCAGAAUAUGUCCCCGGAAUCAACAUUGCCAAAGAACUCCAACAGCUACCGAAAUCGCCUAUUGAGAUUACGGCCGAUUUUAUUGGUGCCAUACAUAAGCAUGCAAUUGAAGAGAUUAGCAAAAAGUUUCCCAAAGACUACGUCCAGUUGUGCCGCAAGGAAUAUGUUUUUUCUGUACCGGCUGUAUGGUCUGAUGCUGCUAAACACGCUACAUUAAAGGCCGCUGAGAUGGCGGGACUUACCCCGGUCCAACUAAUCAAGGAACCCGAAGCUGCGGCAUUAUGGACGACUAAGAAGCUUGACGUCGCUAUGAACUCUGGCGAUGUCUUUGUUGUUUGCGAUGCCGGUGGUGGUACAGUCGAUUUGGUAUCUUAUGAAGUCGAGACCGCCAACCCCAAGCUGCAAGUCAAAGAAGUAGUUCCCGGCACAGGUGGAAUGGCCGGAUCGCUCAAUCUGAACAAGCGUUUUGAAAGCGCCGUGGAAGAGCUUGUUGGCGAAAAGCAGUGGAGCGUGUUGCACUCCAACAAAGGCUUCCAGCUUGCAUCGUCACUUUUUGAAAAAGAGAUCAAGAAGGGAUUCAGGGGAGACCCCGAUGAUGACUGUUUUGAUGAUGAUGAUGAGUUCUAUGUUAACUUUUACCCGGCAAGGCUAACAGACAACCCUGACCGCGGCCUAGAGUCGAAUACGUGGACAAUGGUCAGGGAUGACUUGAUGGAUAUAUUCAAUCCCGUCAUUGAUGACGUUCUGAAGCUAGUCGACGAUCAAGUCGAGCGUGUCAAGAUGAAGAUGGGAGGACGAGAGCCAAAGUACAUUUUCUUGGUCGGCGGGUUUGGUAGCAAUCGAUAUUUGAUGAAACGAAUCGUGAACAGAUAUCCGAGUAUAGAAGUUUUACAACCUCCUGAUGCUUGGGCUGCAAUUGCCAAGGGCGCCGCGCUUUCUGAAACGUCAAGCGAAACUACUGUUACAAGUCUUUCAGCUACUCGUCAUUACGGUACCAAAGUUCAAAGUCUCUACGAUGAAAUUCUAGAUCGAGGAAGACCUUUUAAAGAGGGUAUUGAUGGCAACAUUUGGACCGACAUGAUGAUGUGGUAUAUACAUAGAGGAGAUAAUCUUUCGAAGAGUUCUCGUAUUCCAUUCACGCUGCGCAGUUACUAUUCUCAACAUGAUUACGAGACGGGGAAUCUUUGGUUAUACGGCAAGCUGUAUGAAUCCCAAGAGGAAACGGCGCCUCGAUAUCCUUCAGAUAACGAGACCUUCCGUCUCAAUUGCAAAUUGCUCUGCAACCUCUCCAAAGUGCCAAAGCACCUGUUUGAGAAAAAUAUUAACAAAUAUGGACAAACAUACUAUAGUCUUAUGCUGAAGUUUGUCAUGACACUUGAAGGCGCACUAAUGACAUUCUCCUUUGAAAUUGAUGGGGUUACAUAUGAUUCAGUCGAAGCCAAGUAUGACCCAUGAGUCGAAGAGUAUGUGCCUAGAUU